CAUCUACCAGAGCGUGAGAAGUGAAUCCACCAAAGACGUUCAUCAUGAAGACGCAUUCGGCAGUCCAAUUUCUGGUUCUGAGCUGCUUAUGGCUCGGAUACUCUCAAGCUAUCCCACUUGAACCACAACCCCGCAGUUCGGUGGACUACUGGACCAACGAUGCGCAGCAAACCAUUGAGAGCAUCCUGCGCCAACGGGAGAACCGAAAUAUCGCCAAAAACGUGAUUCUCUUCCUGGGCGAUGGAAUGUCAGUUUCGACGGUGGCGAUGGCCCGGAUGUACGCAGGAGAUGAGGCCACGAAACUGUCCUUCGAGCGGUUUCCCUUCAUUGGUAUGUCCAAAACGUAUUGCGUGAACAAGCAGGUUCCGGAUUCGGCCUGCUCGGCGACAGCUUACCUGACUGGAGUGAAAGGUAACUACGAAACGCUCGGGGUCAACGCGAAGAUCCCCAGUUAUGACUGUACGGCCGAGCUAGACGAGUCGACGCACACCUUUUCCAUCGCUCAAUGGGCCAUGGAUGCCGGGAAGGACGCCGGGCUGGUAACGACCACGAGAGUGACCCACGCAUCGCCUGCAGCUGUCUACGCCCAUACUUCCAAUCGGGAUCGGGAAAAUGAUAACGAAGUGAAGAAGGAUGGUUGUGAUCCUAACGUUACGAAGGACAUUGCCAUGCAGUUGGUGCACGGAAAGACCGGUCAGGGAUUGAAGGUCAUUCUGGGUGGCGGAAGGCGUGAGUUUAUGCACAAACAUCCGGAUCCGGAGACUGGUAGCAAUGGGAAGAGGAAGGACAGUAGGAAUUUGAUUGAGGAGUGGUUGAAUUUGGCUUCGCCGGGUGAGAACAGGACGUACGUGUGGAAACGUGAUGAUUUGAUGGGAGUCGACCCGGCGAAAACUGACAGGUUGUUCGGUAUGUUCGAUCCCAGCCAUUGCGUGUACAACUUGGAAAGAAUUCAGGAGGGUUUGGAUCAGGAACCAACUCUUGCGGAAAUGGUUGAUAAAGCGACGGAUAUGUUGCGCAAGAGCGAUAAGGGGUUCUUUCUGUUUGUGGAAGGAGGUCGGAUCGAUCACGCCCACCAUCGAAACUGGGCUCGUUUGUCACUGGAUGAGACCGUGGAGUUCUCCAAAGCGGUUGAACUAGCAAGGAACAAGUUCAGCGAGGAGGACACUCUGAUCCUAGUCACUUCUGACCAUUCGCAUGCUGUUACCUAUUCUGGUUAUUCGGCACGAGGCAAGGACAUUCUGGGUGCCCAUAACGAUGCGAACGACGAUCUUCCGUACAAAACUGUGAGCUAUGCUAACGGUUUGGGAUUCUACGAUCACGUCAGCCCCUCCGACGGAGGCAGGGUCAAUGUCGCAGAUUUGGAUGCAUUGUGGCGGGAGUUCCGUUAUCCAGCAACUCUUCCGCUAGAGUCGGAAACACAUGGCGGAGAAGAUGUAGCUGUAUACGCAUCCGGUCCUUGGGCGCACUUGUUCAAGGGAACCUACGAACAGAACGCGAUUCCACACAUGCUAGCCUAUGCGUCGUGUGUGGGUGAUGGACUGAAGGCCUGCUCGUAGGAUGGUGAGAUAAACUUGUUUUUAUGUAGGAGUUAAGAUUGACAAUCUCGUUUACUAUUGACUAUUAAUUUCAAUUAAAUAUUCAUUGAUAUAACUUUUUUUCAUAUAAACAAGAAA